AUGGCAUCGCAUAAUGUCCAUGGUGACAUAAAUGAUUUGGAGAUGAUUCGGCUCACAACGCUCCUCUGCCUAGGUCUGAUCCUAGUGGUCAUCAUCUCUGCAAAAAAACACAACUAUGACGAUGUUGGCCGGACAAUUUCUAUAGAGAUUCCAGGCCGUAGCACAUCCAAAGGACGUCGCCAAGAUGAGUCUGGAUACUUUUCGCCCCCUUCUUAUCACUAUUCACCCUAUCCGAGCUGUUAUUGCCCGCCGGGCCCGCCGGGUCCACCUGGGCCUGCAAGUCCUCCUGGGAUUCCCGGUAGACCUGGUAUUCCCGGUCAGCCAGGCGUUCAGGGUCCAAUGGGACUCAAGGGUGAACCCGGCCCUAGUGGUCAACCAGGAGCUAUGGGGCAAAAGGGCACGAUGGGUGACAGGGGACCACCAGGAAUAUCUUGUCGUCGCCGACGCAGAGAUUAUAAUGCACAAAUUCUCACUCUAACUGAGAAUAUAGAUGUUAAAUCGCCAGAGAGCACGAAAGAGCUCCCCAUAUUAAAAGGCGAUCCUGGAUUAGGCGAUGAAAGGGAACAACCCAAUCGCUCAACUUCUGACCAACAGCUUAGCGAUGACCAUCCUGAACUGCUCGACCUGUCUGGGGACAAAGACUUAGGAGCGAUUGACGAAGCAUACCAAUCAGCGGGCUCAAGGGAAAGCAGAGCAACAUGCGUCAAGUUGUGUGAUGAAAAAUAUGGAACUUUUAUUUAAAAUACUUGUCAAUAAAAUAAUGAUUGUCUGUAACUGCUGCC